AUGCUUGCGUGUACCACCGAUUAUUACAACAUUGGCGCAGAACCUAAAGUGCCUGAUACUGGUCUUGAGAAGGUAAAGGAUUACUUACAAAUUAAUAUUGAACCUGUUAUGGAGUCAGCACUUUAUACGGGUUUGACGAAUCAGCUGGCGGAAAGUGUGAUGCGACUUCGUGACGAAUAUCGUAAUGUCAACGAGAAUUUGGAGUAUCCGAGCGUCUUGUUUGGAUUAAACCAGUUCAUAGCAAAGGAUUAUGUACGUUGCCAUACGACCAUGGCCGAUUUACAGCUUAUGAAGAUGAUGCACUUUGCACAACGUCUACUGCUGGGGUAUGCGAAUAGCAACUUCUCAGUUAAGAAAGCUGGAGAUCCAAAACUGCUAAAAGACAAGUACUGCAAUGGAAUGGUCUACAUAGACAUGUCAGAGAAGCUUUCAAGUUAUCGAAAGAAACGUAUCACCCUUAUAGACGCAGAGGUCAAGCGCAUUGCCUGGAACGUCGACAACAUUCCCUCUGUGAAGGCUACUGGUAAAUUGUCUCUUUUGAUAGAUGCAUUUUCCCAUGUUUCUCCACUUUUAGCGUAUGGAUGUCCUAUCAUACUCAUCGGACUUAACUACAUAUGGUAA